AGAUUUCAAUUAAAGAUCCGAAGCUGAUUAACAAAGCUGAGAAAUGGCGAGUAUGGGAUUAACGGCAAGUCUGUGCAAACUGCAAAUGUGCAGAGCCACCGUGAGGGUAGGCGGCAGCCGGAGGGGGGUGGCCGCCAGGCGGCCAUCGUCGUUCCUCGUCGCUCCUCCCAGUUACAACAAGCGCUACUACGGAAGCAAAUCCGGCGCUUACGACGAGGCAAAGUCCGCCGCGUCGAAAGGAGCCGACGCCGCCAACAAAGCCGCCCACCAAAUCAAACACGACGCUUCCUCCGUCGCAGAUGAGGGCGUGCACAAGGCAAAAGCAAUGGGGGAGAAGUUGUCGGAGGCGGCGAACGAUCUGGCCGGAAAGGCCAAACAGACGGCGCAAGAUGCGUGGGAUGCCGUUAAGGACACAACCCACAAGAUCAAAGACGACGUCGUGAACAAGGCCGAUGAAACCAAAGCCGCCGUUCGCAAACAUACCAACUAGCGCCCCGGCCCGUUUUCUAAUCUAAAUAAGUGUCGAUUAUAGCUUCUAAAUACAUUACUGUUGAAAUGAUCAUAGACGACAUAACGUCUGCAUGUCUAUAUUUAUUCAACUUGUAAUGUAUGCAAAAAGUUAUAAUAGACAAUUAUUUUAAAACCUAGGAAGUAUCUCAUCAUCCUAAUGAGAUAAUAAUACUAUAAAUGAAGCUUUGCCAAAUUA